CUUGACCUGACCAAGUGUGCUUCCAGUCAAAGAAAGAAAAUGUCCACGGAGCCCACAAAUGCAGGCUUUCCCCUUAGCCACAAUGUCAGUAAGCUUCUGGCCAGCCUCUCCGUGGUUGGAAACAGGAGUCCCAGCCCCCAGCCCACUGGGAGGGAGAAGGCUUGGUCUGUCCCUGGAAAUCCAAGCUACAGCACCGAAAAUCAGGGCCAGAUUAAGAUGUACCUCGAUGAAGUGUGUCCAGAGACAGUGUUGCACUGCUGCAAGUCAUUUCUGCAGCAGGCAGGAUUAAGUCUGCUAAUAAGCAUGACAGUCAUUAAUAACGUGCUUGCCAAGACCGUUUCAGACCUGAGGGUUCCUUUGAUAUCCGAGGGGAGUGGGUGUGCAGAGGUUCAGGGUUUGGAAGCACUGAUGAGCUUGUCUGAAAAGCCAGUGCUGGCGGGGGAAGCGCUGGCUGCCCAGAUGCUCUUCUCACUCACGUGCCUCUUUAGCAGAAGUGCAAGCAGAGAGAUGCUUGUGGAGGCCAUCUCCCCUUAAGUGGCUGUCUCAGCAGUGUGAAACUGAAGCCACCCAGAGCCCCAGGGCAAAGAGGCUGCAGUGGGUGCCACCAAGGAUGCAGUCUUAGGCAGUCAGCUCCUCCCUGGGUGAGAGUUCCUCCCAAUGUCUAAAUGCAGGGCUCCACUCUUACUGGCCGGGCAGGGCUCCCCCAGAGCUGUGGGCAACUUCUGGGUUUUGUAGUCUGCAGGGAAAGCACACUAUAACUUGCUCCCUUGCAGUCUUCUCCAUGCCAUAAAGGGUAAGGGGAUCCCCGCGGUCACUAGCUGUGGAUAACUAAGAGCAAAUCACAGCAUCCAGAUAAAGGGUAAGGGGAUCCCCGCGGCCACUAGCUGUGGCUAGCUAACAGCAAAUCACAGCAUCAGAGUGAAUGUUGUUGUUGCCCGUGGUGAUCUCCCUGUCUAAGCGGAACCACUUAGCAGAAAUGACACCCACACGAGAGCUUGCGCCCAACACCCUUCUGCUGCUGCUUAGGUUGAAGUAGUCCCCCUCUCCUCUGUCCUACACUAGCUGAUGGAUGGCUAGCAUGUGAAUCAAGAAAUGCACUCCCUUCCUGUCCAUUGUAGUGACUGACCCUCUUACUCCCCAGACCUUUCCCCUCACCCCCAGUGUGUAUCCUCAAUAAACUGUGUGCUUUGAUUGGCAA